GAUCAGAAGAAGAAGCAGGGGAAGGACCGGAGGAAGAACCGGGGGAAAGACCGGGAAGGCUCGAGGGAAGGACCGGGAAAAGGAUCAGAGGAAGGACCGGAGGAAGGACUGGAGAAAGGACCGGGAAGGCUGGGGGGCAGGACCAGAGGAAGCAGCGGGAGAGCUCGGGGGCAGGAUCAGAGGAAGAACUGAGAGAAGGUCCUAAGGAAGCUCCGGGAAGGUUCGGGGGCAGGAUCACAGGAGGAACCGGGGAAAGGUCUUAAGGAAGCUCCGCAAGGCUCGGGGGCAGGAUCACAGGAGGAACCGGGGGAAGGUCUUAAGGAAGCUACUCAAGGCUCGGGGGCAGGAUCAGAGGAAGCCCGGCGAGGCUCGGGGGCAGGAUCAGAGCAAGCCCGGCGAGGCUCGGGGGCAGGAGCAGAGGAAGCAGCGGGGGAAGGUCCGAAGGAAGCCCGGCGAGGCUCGGGGGCAGGAGCAGAGGAGGGCCCGGCAGGCAGUAGCAGAGGAAGCCCGGCGAGGCUCGGGGGCAGGAGCAGAGGAAGCAGCGGGCGAAGGUCCGAAGGAAGCGCGGCGAGGCUCGGGGACAGGAGCAGAGGAAGCAGCGGGGGAAGGUCUGAAGGAAGCGCGGCGAGGCUCGGGGACAGGAUCAGAGGAAGCAGCGGGCGAAGGUCCGAAGGAAGCGCGGCGAGGCUCGGGUGCCGCCCCGGAAGGCGCCGUGCCGCAGCCAUGGUGGUGCUGAGCGCGGCGCGCUGGGUGCGCAGCCGCCUCUCGGAUCGCUUCUGGAGGGUGCAGGAGGUGCUCAAGUACGCGCGGCAUUUUCGUGGCAGGAAGAACCGCUGCUACAAGCUGGCAGUGAGGAGCGUCCGCAGGGCUUUCGUGAAGUCCACCAAGGCCAGGAGGGAGAAGAAGAGAUUCCUCAGAGCGCUCUGGAUCACAAGGAUUGAAGCAGCUUCCCUUGAACAUGGUUUGAAGUACCCAGCCUUCAUAAGCAACCUGGUCAAGUCCCAGGUGGAGCUGAACAGGAAAGUUCUGGCAGACUUGGCUAUUUAUGAGCCAAAAACAUUCAAGUCCCUGGCAGCUUUAGCCCAGAGGAGGAGACAGGAAGGGUUCCUGGCUGCCCUGGGAGAUGGAAAAGAACCAGAGGGGAUAUUUUCACGUAUUGUGCACCACCACUAUUGAUAUCAGAGUCUGUGUGCAUGUUUUAGAAGCAGGGAUUGUGAAGCAAACCUGUCGUGGGACUGCUGCUGAAAUGGAAAAUGUGGAACAAAUCCUCUGAGGAUCGCGUGGGUGAAGCUUCUCCUUGAUGGCUUUUUCCCUGUGUUGUUGUCACUGAAACCUGUUAAAUUAAAAGCACACUUCAAGGUUAGCAGUCAGGCCAUACAGUGACUUAAUAGUUUGGUUUGUUUUUUUUUUUUGGUAACUGCUCCUAGGAAAAAGACUUAAUUUGUGUGGUGAAUUCAGAACGGGGAGAACGCAGCUGGGAUGGGGGGAAAUGUUGACCCUCACAGGUGAAGCCUGGGUGUUAAGGACACACAUAGUUUAUACUUUUAAGGAUUUAAUAAAGACAUUUUUAUUGCAAACUC